AUGAUCAAGCGGAUGGACGAAGACGCUCGACUGAAGGAGCUGGACUACACAGCACUGAAGACGCUACAUUUCGUAGCAGGACUUCAGGAUUCGUCGCUCCGUGAAGUUCGACUGAGAAUGUUCCGUCGACUGGAUACGCACACAGAAGAUGCGCCGUUGACGACAGAAGACCUCGUUGCUGAACGUGAGAACUUCACAGCAUUGAAGAUGGACAACACAGACAUGGAAGGAAGUCAUGAUGUAUUCAACUUGAAGUAUUCAACUUCCAGCAUAAAAAGAGUUGAAAGACAAACACCACUGCGAAUGGUGACUAAAGAAGAAGCAAACCGAGAAUGCGUCAAGACUAAGGCGAAGUUGUUGAUAACAGACAACGCAGUACCUGUUUUCAAGAAGAAGCGACCAGUGCCCUAUGCCUCAGUGCCGGAUUUGGAUGCCGAAAUUGAUCGGCUGGUGGCCGAACAAGUGAUAUUCCCAGUAGAGCAUUCAGAGUUGGCCACGCCUAUCGUUGUAGUCAAGAAGAAAAAUGGGCAAAUCCGCUUGUGCGGAGACUUCUCUACAGGAUUGAACGAUGCGCUGCAGUUGCACCAGCACCCGUUGCCUACCGCGGAGGACGUGUUUACGAAGCUGAAUGGAGGACAGCUUUUUACGCAAAUCGACUUCGCAGAAGCAUAUCUACAGGUGGAAGUUGAAGAAGAAUCGAAGGAAAUGCUGACGAUUAAUACGGACAGAGGGCUGCAUCGCUACAAUCGUCUACCCUUCGGCGUGAAGUCAGCACCUGGCAUAUCCCAGCAGAUCAUGGAUUCAAUGAUAUGUGGACUGGAAGGCGUUGCGGCCUAUCUGGAUGACGUGAUAGUCACAGCCCGCACACAACAGGAGCAUCGCCAUAACUUGGAAGCACUAUUCGGAAGGAUCCACGAAUACGGCUUCCGUGUCCGAUUGGAGAAGUGUAACUUUUUGAUGCCUCAGAUCCGUUAUCUCGGAUGCAUCAUAGAUAAGGACGGACGCCAUCCUGACCCAGAGAAGAUUGAGGUCAUCCGCCAGAUGCCAGUACCAAAGAGCGUGGCAGAGGUUCGCUCGUUCCUUGGUAUGAUCAACUACUACGGAUCGUUUGUCGCGGAGAUGCGCCAGUUACGCGCACCGCUGGAUGCCUUGUUGAAGAAGAACGUUCCGUUCAAAUGGAAUGAGGAAUGUGAAGCAGCCUUCAAUCGCGCCAGGGAAUUGCUUGCUUCAGACCUGUUCCUGACGCAUUUUGAUCCCAGAUGCCGAAGUCAAUAUAGCAUACAAGCCGAGGUCUCACCGCUGCAGAAAGGAACUACGGUAGGUCGGAAAGAGGGACUCGCUUUGAUAUUCGCUGUUCGGAAGUUCCACCGUUACAUAUAUGGACGUCGAUUCAAGCUCCUCACGGAUCAUAAGCCAUUGCUACACAUUUUCGGACCAAAGAAAAUGGUGCCCGUAUACACGGCAAAUCGACUGCAACGUUGGAAGUUGAUACUUCUCGGAUACGACUUUGAUAUCGAAUAUCAGAAGACGACAGAGUUUGGACAAGCUGACGUCUUGUCACACCUGAUCCCUCCAAGACCGGCUCAGACAGAAGAUAUUGUAAUAGCCAAAAUUGAACUGGACAUUCUUGCUGUUUAG